AUGCCAGAGUACAGUCUAUUACCGGAUGGCUUUCGAGUCAGUAUUCCUAAUUUCAGACCGAGUGAUCUCUUUGAUAACUUGCAUACAAUUAUUCAUGAAGAAGCCGAUAAUGAGCCAGAAAUUGCGGAACAUUUUGAAUACGAACAAGAGCUGGAUAAGUCGUUACUAUCUAGGACCUCUGUAAUUGGUCUUGGAUUUGGGUUGAUGAGUCCCGUUCUGGGGAUGUGUACUAGUAUGGGGAUUGGUCUUUUGAAUGGUGGCCCUUUCACCAUUAUGUUUGGCUUCCAGGUAUGCGGGGUGUUUUCAUUUCUGUGUGCUUGUUCCCUUGGUGAAGUGGUUUCCAAAUUUCCGAUGGAGUUGCAUGGUGCUAGUGCAAUAUUAGCCCCAGAUUAUAUCAAGAGAAUUAGUUCUUGGCUUACCGGAUGGUUUUUAUUGUUAGGUAAUUGGUUUAUGAGUAUUGGCGUUACUUUCGCCGGCGCUCAGUUAAUCAUUUCUUUAAUUGCCAUGGCUAAUUUUGAUUUAAUCUCAGAGAAAUAUUUGGUUUUAUACACCGUUCUCAUAUACUAUGCGGUAGUUACCAUUGUUGGUGUGGUUAAUUUGAAGUAUGCGAAAUAUGUGGAAACGAUCAACAAGGUUUGUAUUUAUUGGAUCAUUUAUGCGGUGCUUUUCAUCGAUGUAUUAUUACUAUUGUUCCACAGAAACAAAUUUCGUUCUCUACCCUAUGCCUUAUUCCAUUUUGAUAACGAACUUUCAGGAUAUAGAAGUGUAAUCAUUUCAUUUAUCAUCGGAUUUCAACAAUCUAAUUUCACUCUUCAAGGGUUCAGUAUGUUACCAGCAUUAGCGGAUGAAGUCAAAGUUCCUGAAAAGGAUAUUCCUCGUGGUAUGUCGAGUGCAGUAUUGAUCUCUACAGUUAUUGGAAUUAUCUUUCUUUUCCCCAUAAUGGUGAUUCUACCGGAUUCUCGUGAUUUGUUCAGUAAUCAAAAAGUUUUACCAAUCGUUAACAUUUUCAAAAAAUCAACAGAUUCACAAUUUGUUUCUAUUUUCCUAGUGCUUUUGAUCCUAGGUAACCUGUUCUUUAGUGGUAUCGGUUCUAUCACCACUUCUUCGCGUGCAGUUUACAGUUUUAGCCGUGACCAUGCUAUUCCAUAUUAUCGACUAUGGACUUAUGUGGAUCCUCAAUCUGAAUCUCGUGUACCCAAAUAUUCCAUUCUUUUGAGUAUGUCCAUUUCGUACAUCCUAGGGUUGUUACCACUUUUUUCUAAUGCCGCAUUCAAUGCCUUUAUCGGCUGCGCUGUUCUAUGUCUAUGUUCAGCAACGUUGAUACCUUUACUGUUGGUGCUAGUGACUAGAAGAAGAGUCCUUAAAAAUGCACCUGUUAAGAUCAAAUACAAAUUAGGUUGGAUUGCAAACAUUGGUUCUGUAUGUUGGCUACUCUUGUCAAUGUUCUCCGUGUGUUUGCCGCCUCAAAUUCCAGUAACCGCGAAGACUAUGAAUUAUGCGCUCUUAGUGUUUUUAUUCUGUUUCUUCAUUAUCUGCAUUCUUUAUUAUAAAUGGGGUCGUAAACACUUCCAGCUACCGCAAGUCGAUAAGGCCUCUAUUGCCGAAGAGAUGAGCACAUUAGACGUUAUAAAUGUGGAUCAGAAUUCCACCCCAUUGAUGGGAAGUGAUGCUACUCAACAGAAAGAUACAGUAUCAGAUCACGAAAACUCUACCGCCGGUUCGAGAACCGCCGACACAUCUGUGCUUAACGAUCCCACGAAGAAAGAUGACGACUAA